CAGCCCCGGGCAGCGUUCAGAGCUCCUGGCCGGGCGGGCGCGCAGCGGCGGCGGCAGAGGCGGCGUAGCCUGAGCGGGGAUGUAGAGGCGGCGGCAGCAGAGGUGGCAGUGGUGGCGAGAGCAGGCGUCCGAGCCGAGGAAGAAGCGCGGCAGAGCCUCCCACACCACACACACAGCCUGGCCCAGCGGCCAGCCCUGCCCGGCCCGCGCCCAGCCAUGCGCGCCGCCUGCUGAGUCCGGGCGCCGCUCGCUGAGCCCUCCGCCCGCCCGCCGCGCCGCGCCGCGCUCCGCUCGGGGGUGAUUAGUUGCUUUUUGUUGUUUUUUAAUUUGGGCCGCGGGGAGGGGGAGGAGGGGCAGGUGCUGCAGGCUCCCCCCCCUCCCCGCCUCGGGCCAGCCGCGACUCCGGCCCCGGCCCCGGCACGGCGCGCGGCUGAGCGGAGCGCACCGCGGCGGCGGCGGCGGUGCCUAGAGCGGAGCGCAGCUCCCCGCCCCGCCCCUCCCCCCGGUCUCGCGGCGACGGCGGCGGUGGCGGCUGGACGGCUCGGAGAGUCGAGUAAAGACACUUCCACGUGGACACCUGACCAUGUGCCUGCCCUGAGCACCUCGGCCCACCAGGCAUCUCUGUUGCAGGCAGCAGGGCUGGGCGCUCAUCUGUGAACCCCUGGCAGUUGGCAGGCUUUCUCAGCAGCGGGUUCUGGGCCUUAGCCCCACCAUGUCGAGCCUCGGUGGUGGCUCCCAGGAUGCUGGCGGCAGUAGUGGCAGCAGUACCACCACCACCACCACCAAUGGCAGCAGCGGCCCAAAGGCAGGAGCGACAGACAAGAGUACAGCAGUGGCAGCCACCACACCAGCCUUGGUGGCAGAUGACGCGCCACCCCCUGAGCGUCGGAACAAGAGUGGCAUCAUCAGCGAACCCCUCAACAAGAGCCUGCGGCGCUCCCGCCCGCUGUCCCACUACUCUUCCUUCGGUGGCGGCAGUGGUGGCAGCCUGACGGGCGGGGAGUCUGCCGACAAGGCCGCCGCAGCUGCAGCCUCCCUGGUGGCCAAUGGUCACGACCUCGCGGCGGCCAUGGCAAUGGACAAAAGCAACCCUACCUCAAAGCACAAAAGCGGUGCUGUGGCCAGCCUGCUGAGCAAGGCAGAGCGGGCCACGGAGCUGGCAGCCGAGGGACAGCUGACGCUGCAGCAGUUCGCACAGUCUACGGAGAUGCUGAAGCGGGUGGUGCAGGAGCACCUCCCGCUGAUGAGCGAGGCGGGGGCGGGCCUGCCUGACAUGGAGGCCGUGGCAGGCGCCGAAGCCCUCAACGGCCAGUCCGAUUUCCCCUACCUGGGCGCUUUCCCCAUCAACCCGGGCCUCUUCAUCAUGACCCCAGCGGGCGUGUUCCUGGCUGAGAGCGCGCUACACAUGGCCGGCCUGGCCGAGUACCCCAUGCAGGGAGAGCUGGCCUCUGCCAUCAGCUCGGGCAAGAAGAAGCGGAAACGCUGUGGCAUGUGUGCGCCCUGUCGGCGGCGCAUCAACUGCGAGCAGUGCAGCAGUUGUAGGAACCGAAAGACUGGCCAUCAGAUUUGCAAAUUCAGAAAAUGUGAGGAACUCAAAAAGAAGCCUUCCGCUGCUCUGGAGAAGGUAAUGCUUCCGACGGGAGCCGCCUUCCGGUGGUUUCAGUGACGGCGGCGGGAACCCAAAGCUGCCCUCUCCGUGCAAUGUCACUGCUCGUGUGGUCUCCGGCAAGGGAUUCGGGCGAAGACAAAACGGAUGCACCCGUCUUUAGAACCAAAAAUAUUCUCUCACAGAUUUCAUUCCUGUUUUUAUAUAUAUAUUUUUUGUUGUCGUUUUAACAUCUCCACGUCCCUAGUAUAAAAAGAAAAAGAAAAAAAUUUUCAGUGCUUUUUCGGAAGAACAACAACAACAACAAAAAAAAAAAAGAGGUAAAGACGAAUCUAUAAAGUACCGAGACUUCCUGGGCAAAGAAUGGACAAUCAGUCUCCUUCCUGUGUCGAUGUCGAUGUUGUCUGUGCAGGAGAUGCUGUUUUUGUGUAGAGAAUGUAAAUUUUCUGUAACCUUUUGAAAUCUAGUUACUAAUAAGCACUACUGUAAUUUAGCACAGUUUAACUCUGCCCUCAUUUAAACUUCCUUUGAUUCUUUCUGACCAUGAAAAUAGUGCAUAGUUUGCCUGGAGAAUCCACUCACGUUUAUAAAGAGAAUGUUGAUGGCGCCGUGUAGAAGCCCCUCUGUACCCAUCCUCGCGUGUGGAGCUGCUGGUGGGAGCUUGUUGGGGGGAGGGAAUCCCCAACCCCCAGGCCCAGGCUAGCUGUGCCCACCCACCAUGCCCUGACUGGGACCCUCCCCCCUUAACAGUGGUGAUUUUGGAAAAAUGAAAGUUCUGUCCGUUCAUCCACUGAGAUCUGGCAAGCCCAUGUCUUGAUAGUUACAAUCCUGGCUACUUAGAGAAAAUUAAGUCCUUUUUUCAGGUCUUGCUAAUGGCAGCAUAAGAAAGGGCUUCAUUGCCCUUUCUGGUGAUCCCCUGCCGGUGGGGGUGGGUGCUAGAGGGGCUCCCUGGGGCCCCCUGCCCAUGGCCAGCUUCCUGCUGAUGAACAUGCUGUUUGUGUUGUUUUAGGAAACCAGGCUGUUUUGUGAAUAAAAUGAAUGCAUGUUUGUGUCAUGAA